AUGGCUACUUUGGGUUAUUCUCAAACUAAUUUUGAUGUCACCAGUUAUGGAGCUGUUGGAGAUGGUAUCACAGAUGAUUCCCAAGCUUUCAUGAUGGCAUGGCAAGAGGCUUGUGGAGCUACAUCGACAGGUCCUACUCUCUACAUCCCAAACCAAAAAACAUUCUUUUUAAACCCCAUAAGGUUUGAAGGUCCUUGUAAGUCUCAAGUUCGAGUUCAGAUAAUGGGUCAAAUUAUCGGGCCUGCCGAUGCAUCAGCUUGGAAUGGUGAAGAUGCAAAAAUGUGGCUCACUUUUGCAGGUGUCAAUGGGCUUCAUGCAUUCGGGAAUGGACAACUUGAUGGCCGAGGGGAAACUUGGUGGAAGUCUUGCCCAAUUAUGAAUGGCUGCAUGAGACCCACGGCAUUGGCAUUCCUUGGCUGUAGCAACCUGACGGUGGAUGGACUGAAAUCGAUCAAUAGUGCACAAAAUCAUUUAACCAUAGGAGGCUGUGAAAAUGUAGUCCUCUCCAACCUCAAGUUAUCUGCCCCUGAUGAUAGCCCUAACACCGAUGGCAUUAAAAUUGGUAGCUCUACCAACGUUCAAGUUUUCGACAGCACAAUUGGAACCGGGGAUGAUUGCAUUGCAAUAAUCUCAGGCAGCUCUUUUAUCAACAUUUCUGGGAUAGCUUGUGGCCCUGGCCAUGGCAUAAGCAUUGGAAGCUUAGGAAAAGAUGUAGAGAAUGCAACCGUUGAAGAAAUACAUAUAAAAGAUUGUAUUCUCAACGGAACUGAUAACGGAGCCAGGAUUAAAACAUGGCAGGGUGGGGUUGGCAAUGCUAGGAAGAUCACAUUUGAGAACAUCCAACUCAAUUCAUCUCGCAACCCAAUCAUAAUUGAUCAGUUUUACUGUCCUACCGAUGGAUGCAAGAAUCAGGUAAACCCAAUUCAUUGGAAUUCAAAUUUGACGAUCUGAUCAACGUGCAUUCUCCUAAACAAAAGUAAAUUGUGUUACUAACACGUUUUUAUUUUUAAUUUUUCUUACAAAAAAAAAUUUUUUUUGAUCGAAGAGCAAGGCUGUUGCAAUAAGUGAAAUUUCAUUCAUCGGGAUUAAUGGGACAUCAAGCAGUGAUGAGGCCAUCAA